AUGACGUCUCCGAAGGGCCUUACGAUCGUCCUUGACUCCGGAAGGACGUCAGGCAUGGGUGAUACAUCGCAAUGCCACAUGCAACGCUUCCUCUCAGCUGCCCCAGAGUGGUAUAUCACAGGCAUCAACGGCACCAUGGGCUUUGUCAUGGGCAACCUGCAGCUGACGCAGCUGGGCCUCGUGCAGGCGCAGCCCCCCGAUUUCGCCGACUACUCGGAGCCACCACACCAGGUUGCGCUUCCCGUCCCAAGUGACCUCGGACGGCUCUUGUUGGACGAAGACUACUCGCACAUACUAGACCGAAGCAUUCGGGCCCAUCAGCCGGGGCCCAACCCCACGCUCCGGCUCAUGGGCACUAGAGUCGAGCGUAUGUCUAGGGGUUACUUGCAUGAACACCUGAUACCGCAAGGAGCACUGAUCUGGGCGAAGGAUCUUGGCGAGCACCAAGCCCUGAGACGGCUCACCGGUCGUAUGGUGUCUGGCGGCAAAGCAGAUGCGCGAUGCCUUUGCGGCAUCAGUGCCGAGUACGAUUCGGCGACAGGCCUGACGCGGCGGGUGGUCGGUGUUGAAAAAACAGGGGCUGGGCCAGGUGUGAAGCUCCCAGACCUGCUCGAGCCGUUUGACAUUGACGGACCAGGAGGCGAGGUGGUGACACAGUUGGAAUCCCCUCUGCAAGCCUAUCCAAGGGCCCUCAGGUUCCACACCAACCAGGGUCGGAGUUGCUCCUGGGGCGAGACAGACGCGCAGAGAUGGGACAGCCUCAAGCCGCCUACUGGGGAGGUAUUUGUUGGUAUCCUCGUGACGUUUGGGGGUCUUGACCGCCGCCGCGACGAUAUUGACAAGGCUAUUGGGCCUUACGAAAUGAGCGCUGUGGCGGGCCUGUCGAGGGUUCUUGAGCCACGCGAGGGGCCGAAGCCGGUGUAG